AUGCACAUAUUCCACUAUCUGUCACUGGUGGACCGGGCUUUUCGCCAGUGGAACGACAUCUUUCACAUCCCAGAUCUUUGGAGGAGAUUUGAAUUUGAGCCGAACCAGCCAGAUCCGUCUCACCUGAGGUCCACGCCUCUCGUCCAGCAGAUCAUCAAAAGACAUGCUCAGCACCUGCAGUAUGCGAGCUUCAAGGUUGACAGCUGCACAGAGUCUGCAGAAAUAGCCUGCAUUCUCUCACAGCUGGUGAACUGCACUGGUAAUACACUGGGUCUGAUUUCCACAGCAUGACCAAACUUGUUCACCCUUUCCUCACACUUUGUCUCAGCCCUGACGGUGGGGUUUUUGAAUUCCAAGUCUCUAUCCUCUAUAAAAAUGGAUGACACACCGGUUGAUGACCCUUCCCUGAAGGUACUGGUCGCCAACAACAGUGACACGCUCAAGCUGCUGAAGAUGAGUAGCUGUCCUCAUGUAUCUCCUGCAGGUCAGUGCGUCACCAGAGCAAUCGCACCAGGGUUCGUUUUAAUCGAACCAAAAUGCCAAGUGAGAGAACACACCCUAACUGUAUACCUGCGCAUCGACGUGGAGAACGAGAACCCAGGCCAAAGCCAGUCCCACACCAUCAAGAAGAGCAGCUGGGAAGCUCAUCCGCCCCAGGUCAAGAUGGUCAUAUACUUCUUCCUGGACGAGGAGGAGUUUGAGCCCUUCUUUCGUGAGGACACGCCCGUCACGCAUCUGUACUUCGGUCGAGUGGUCAGUAAAGACAUGCUGGCCCGCAUCGGGCUGAACUACCCGUGGUCCCUGCCAGGUCACCGUGACUUUGCAAAAAGCAGCGAUGGACUCUUUUUUCCCCUGACUGUGGUGUAUGUUACACACAUGCUGGAAGGAUGGGGAAAAGAGACACGCUCGCUCGGCUAUGAUCUGUCUGAGCGUGAGGUCAUCACUAACCCCGUCAUGAGUGAAGAACGCAUCAUCAACAAGCCUUAUGUGACAAUCAAGUUAUUAGGAAUAAAGAAGAAGAAGAAGAAGAAGAUCCAGCCUCCUUAA